AUGACACAGGCUGACAUGGCAAUGGGGAUUGUCUUCCUCACUCAGACUGCAGCAGGUGUCCUGGGGAACUCCUUUCUCCUUUGUUUUUAUAGCUACACCCUGCUCACUGGACAGAAGGUGAGGCCUACAGACCCCAUCCUCAACCACCUGGUCUUGGCCAACAACUUGGUUGUUUUAUCCAUGGGGAUCCAUCGCAUGCUGGCAGAUUUUGGAUGGAAGCACUUCCUGGAUGAUACCGGAUGUAAAAUUGUUCCAUAUUUCCACAGAGUAGCCAGAGGGGUUUCUCUUAACAUCACCUGUCUUCUGAGUGGCUUCCAGGUGAUAAAGCUUUGUAGUCGAAAUUCUUGGUUGACGAUCAGCACUAGACUCCCCAAAUGCUUUGGCUUAUAUUGUUCUCUUUUGUGGAUCCUGCAGUUUCUGGUAAAUGUUUCUGUGCCUGUGAGAGUGACUGGACCAAGACAUAACCAAAACCUAACUCUGCCUAUGCGUUAUAGAUUCUGCUCCACAGGCCAACCGCAAUCCUUUGGACCUUUCUUAAUUGUAUUCUUUUUGUUUUCCAUUGAUGUUGUAUGCUUGGUUUUCAUGAUCUGGGCCAGUGGCUCCAUGGUCCUUGUCCUGCACAGACACAAGGAGAGGGUCCGACACAUCCAUAGCCGCAUUCCCUCCCAAAGACCUGACCAUGAGACCAGGGCCACGCGCACCAUCCUGACCCUGGUGAGCAUGUUCGUCUCCUUCUACUGCCUGUCUGCCAUUUGCAGUCUUUUUGUUGGUUUCAGUAGGAAGCCUGACCUAUGGCUGGUGGACUCUAAUGUGUUCCUGAGUACAGGUUUCUCUGUACUGAGCCCCUUUGUGCUCAUCAGCCGUGAUUCCCGUGUCACUCAGGGUUUUUAUUCCUGCUCUAAAAAAGCAUUUUCAUUAUUUGGUUAA